CUAAUCUUGCCGUGUAUGCCAGCUUUUCCGUACACGUGGAACAAUUUCAUUCGUGGAUCAUUGAUAUUUUCCUCGUUGAGUCGGCAAAACGCAGAUAUAAAUACCACUCCUCCUUGCCCUUCUUUCUCAUCGCAAUUCUCAAUUGAACGAUUCUACGAUUCAACGCAAACCCAAUCUCGCAGUUCCUCUCCUCUCAAUUUCGUUUUUUUCAAGAUGCAAAUCUUCGUGAAAACCCUAACCGGGAAGACAAUCACUCUCGAGGUAGAGAGUUCAGAUACCAUUGACAACGUGAAAGCUAAGAUCCAAGACAAGGAAGGGAUCCCACCUGAUCAGCAAAGGUUGAUCUUUGCUGGGAAGCAAUUGGAGGAUGGUCGCACCCUUGCAGACUACAACAUCCAAAAGGAGUCAACCCUUCACCUCGUUCUUCGUCUCAGGGGUGGUAUGCAGAUCUUUGUCAAGACCUUGACAGGGAAAACAAUCACCCUCGAGGUUGAAUCCUCAGACACUAUCGAUAAUGUCAAGGCGAAGAUCCAAGACAAAGAGGGUAUUCCUCCGGAUCAGCAAAGGUUGAUUUUUGCUGGGAAGCAGCUGGAGGAUGGAAGGACCCUCGCUGAUUACAACAUCCAGAAGGAAUCUACCCUUCAUUUGGUGCUUCGAUUGAGAGGUGGUAUGCAGAUUUUUGUUAAGACCCUGACAGGGAAGACCAUAACAUUGGAAGUGGAGAGUUCAGACACCAUUGAUAAUGUAAAGGCUAAGAUUCAGGACAAGGAGGGCAUCCCUCCGGACCAGCAGAGGCUCAUCUUCGCUGGGAAACAACUUGAGGAUGGAAGGACCCUUGCUGACUAUAACAUCCAGAAGGAGUCUACCCUGCACUUGGUGCUGCGAUUGAGAGGUGGCAUGCAGAUUUUUGUCAAGACCCUGACAGGAAAGACCAUUACUUUGGAGGUUGAGAGUUCAGACACGAUUGAUAAUGUCAAAGCUAAGAUUCAGGAUAAGGAGGGUAUCCCACCAGACCAGCAGAGGCUUAUCUUUGCUGGUAAGCAGUUGGAAGAUGGAAGAACCCUGGCUGACUAUAACAUCCAGAAGGAAUCUACCCUUCACUUGGUUUUGCGUCUUCGUGGUGGGAUGCAAAUUUUUGUGAAGACAUUGACGGGGAAGACCAUAACUCUGGAGGUUGAGAGUUCUGAUACGAUUGAUAAUGUCAAAGCUAAGAUUCAGGAUAAGGAGGGUAUCCCACCGGACCAGCAGAGGCUUAUCUUUGCUGGUAAGCAGUUGGAAGAUGGAAGAACCCUGGCUGACUAUAACAUCCAGAAGGAAUCUACCCUUCACUUGGUUUUGCGUCUUCGUGGUGGGAUGCAAAUUUUUGUGAAGACAUUGACGGGGAAGACCAUAACUCUGGAGGUUGAGAGUUCUGAUACAAUUGACAAUGUGAAAGCUAAGAUUCAGGAUAAGGAAGGUAUCCCUCCGGAUCAGCAGAGGCUUAUCUUUGCUGGGAAGCAGUUGGAAGAUGGAAGAACCCUUGCAGAUUAUAAUAUCCAGAAGGAGUCUACACUGCACUUGGUUUUGCGGCUUCGUGGUGGGAUGCAAAUCUUUGUGAAGACCUUGACAGGGAAGACUAUCACAUUGGAGGUGGAAAGCUCUGAUACAAUUGACAAUGUUAAGGCGAAGAUCCAAGACAAGGAGGGUAUUCCUCCAGACCAGCAGAGACUGAUUUUUGCUGGCAAGCAGUUGGAGGAUGGACGUACUCUGGCUGAUUAUAAUAUUCAGAAGGAGUCCACCCUGCAUCUUGUCCUGCGCCUUCGUGGUGGCUUCUGAGCUUUAAAGGGCUUUACCUCUGUGUCAGUUCCCUUUGCGUUGGUUUAGUGAUUCUGCUAUUAAGAUCUUGUCCUUAGUUUGUAUUUUGCAGCCCCUUUAUAGUGGCUGUAACUAUGUUUUAAUGUUUGUGACCUGCUGUUAUACUUCCAUUCCCUCAUGUCGAACCUUUAAAUAGAAUAAUGUCAUCUUUGUGUUUCUUUUAA